AUGAAAAUUCUAAUUUUUCUCGCGUUUUUGAUGGCGGUGAACACCGUGAAAUGUGGGGUGCUCUGCAAUGUGUGUAUUGGAUAUAUGGAUAAGUUAUUCGCUGAACUGCUUGUAGUAGAUGCUGAUGCUAAGUCAGUUCUUGAUGUAAAUUGUCUUGAUGUUGAUGUUCAAAAGUUUUUUGAAUUUUCUUUUUUACAGGUUGCCUGUGACUCAUUUGCCAAACUAUCACAAGGAAUCGAAGCAACUUGCAAACAAAAUGUUGAAAGUGAACUCGACCAAAUUGUUACUGCUUUGAACAAAUUUGACUCGAACACAAUUUGUCAAAUGAUAAAAUUGUGCUAA